UUCCUUAUCAUACUCGGACUAUCUUUAUAGAACAUAGGGGAGCGUUUCUGAAUUCUAGUGUCAAGUUAACAGCCGAUUGGUCCGACUGAUCAAUCUAAGAUGACGUCUCGAGACCCCUCCAUUCCUUUUACUGCUCUGAGCUCCUGUGUUAACGCCCCCUACACGCAGCUGACAAUAGAAAAUAACCUGAAAUUAAAUUGGAUUAUAAAUAAUGCAUAAUCCAUGACUGGAAGAGACGUGUACUGGACAUGGGCCUUUCGUGUGAAGUGCGGCGCAUCGGCUGUUAUUUUGCUAAUAUUUUGUAGACAGCAUAACGGUCUCAGCUGAUCCGGAUCCAUUUGUAAACAUCUGCACGGCCGCGAUAAGGACGCGGUGAACAUGAGCAGAGCAGGCUUGUUACGCGACGAGGCGGCUUCUCGCUCCGCCGACUCCUCCUGCAGCUCUAACCGGACAAUGACUGUGUGUGUGUCCGUGUUGGCAGCACUGGUUCUCGGUAUCGGGAUACUGUGCGCCCUAGCAGCCGGUCCGCUUCAUGCACAGUGCUUUGUUGAGUGGAAAAUAGGUAUUCCUUGCUUUGACGUCUCCUCCCUCUUGGUCAAUCAAAUUAAAGAGUGGUCAACAGAAACAUGUCCUGGGAAGAAUCAAAGAUGCCUUUAUUCUCUGGUGUCUGUAAAUGCAGAGGACAUCACUGCUACACACACCACUCCAGUGAUGAGGUUUGUGGAUGACAUCACCUUUAACCUGAGCAGUCCAUACCCAGAUUCCUGUGAUGUUCAGGGCCAGUCUGUCUCUCGAAGCUGGUAUGCCAUUUUAGACUCAGGAACAAACUACAUGAACAUGUACAACCUCAUGAGAGGUAGUGGUCUCUCAUCUUCUCCUAGUUUUACUGAAUCUACCAGUGACAGACUGUGUACCCAGUUUUCCUCCACGACAGAAACUUCCCCCAUAAGCAGCCUGCACACAUCUGGAUCUCCACAUAUUAAUAGAAUAAAUACAUAAAAGUGAUUUCAGUAGUUUUAAAUCAAAUGUAUUUUUAAUUACCACAUGUAAAAUGUGAAACGUUUUACCAGUGAAAGAAAAAAAUACUUAACAUUGAUUUCAGUAUCAAUUAGCAAAAAUUUCUUUGAAAAUUGAAUAAAAUAAUUUAUUUUACCCACAAUCACUCUGUAUGUCUGUACCACUACACAACUACAUAUGGUAAUAAUUAUCUACAAGCACUUUGUGAUGCCUAUGCAUCUCUUACAUCCUUAACCUUAAUGCUCAUUAAUCCCCAUCCUGUUAAAAUGUGGACAUUUUUCUCAUACAAGAUCCUAUUUUUUUAUUUUUUUAAAUUGGCAAAUUUUAUGUAUGAAUAUGCAUGUAUCAAAAGGUCACAAUGAAAUGUAUAUUCAAGGCAGCUUUUAAUUUUUUUUUACCAAAUUUAAGUAUACUUGCUAACAGGAUUUGAUUACCAAUUCAUGUUUUUUUAUAGGGUAACACCAGCUUACCACAUGCACUUUUCAUGCACUUCAGUUAUUAUUAGUAUUAUAAUGUUAAGUUAAUUAUUUCUGUAAAUUAUUUAAUUAGUCACACUGGGAUGGUAUUUUCUGAGAAUGGAAAAAUACCCAAAUGGAAAUGUAAUGCAAACAUGCAUGCUAUUUUAUUUCAGCUUUUGCCUGUAACAUUUGCAUAAUUUCAGGCUCAGGUUUACAAUAAUCCUCAUUAAAUCACUUUUACA